GAAGAAAAUUAGAUGGUGUCUUUUCAAAAUCCCAUUGAUCCUACUAACAUGAAAACAGUGAGUUCCUGCGUAAAGAGCUCUGUGGAAGAGACUCAUGAGCCAAAGAACAUAUGUGAGGCCAUCCAGGAUAUUUCUACAUACUUUUCUGAGGAAGAGUGGGCAAAGCUGACUAAAUGGCAGAAAAGUGCCUACGUGUAUAUGAAAAGAAACUACAUCAGGAUGACGGGCCUAGGGGUCACGGUCAACCAACCAGUUUUCAUGCGCUGCAAGGAACAGACCAAAGAAUCGCUGGUGGAAAGUACUAAAGUUCGUGGCCGUAUCAGUGAAGAUGAACAUCCCGAAGAGAGUUAUGACAUGAAACAGAUAAAACGCCUGAAGCUGACUCCACUGACAAUAGAUCUCUAUGAUAUAAAAGACAGACUUACAUUCGAAGGAGGUGGAUUUUGGAUAAAUCCCUGGCGCCACCGGUUGCGAGAAAGGAAGAAUCGAGUGAUAUAUGAAGAGAUCAGUGAUCCCGAAGAAAGUGAUGAUGAUGAUGAUUAA